UAGCUCGUGUUUACCAAGUCUUCUUCUCUAUCUUCUUCUCUAUUUCUCUGCUUGUCCCUUUCUUAGGGUUUUCUUCUCAGUUAUGGCAUCUGCAGAAAUCGAAUACAGAUGCUUUGUCGGCGGGCUCGCCUGGGCCACCGACGACCAGUCUCUGGAGCGCGCUUUCUCUCAAUUUGGCGAGAUCCUCGAAUCGAAGAUUAUCAACGACCGUGAGACCGGGAGGUCCAGGGGAUUCGGAUUCGUUACCUUUAGCACCGAGAAGGCGAUGAGGGACGCCAUCGAGAGCAUGAACGGUCAGAACCUCGACGGUCGUAACAUCACAGUUAACGAAGCUCAGUCCCGCGGAAACGGAGGAGGUGGAGGCGGCGGUUACAGCCGCGGAGGUGGGGGUUACGGUGGUGGUGGGCGCCGUGAAGGUGGAGGCGGGUAUGGCCGCGGUGACAGAAGCUACGGCGGAGGUGGAGGUGGAUAUGGGGGUGGCGGCGGAUAUGGAGGUGGCGGGUAUGGUGGUGGCCGUGACCGUGGGUAUGGUGACAGUGGGUCCAGGUACUCGAGUGGUGGCGGCGGCGGCGAUGGUGGUAGCUGGAGGAACUGAAGGGGCUAAAGGCUUAGUCGGGUUUAUAUCGUUGAUUUGAGUGGCUGUAGUCUGUAGAAGAUAGUGGUUUGGUUUGGUUUUAUGGUUUCGAUUGUGGUUUUGUUGUUCCUUUCAGUUUGGUGCUCUCCUUUUUGACCGAUGGUUGCUGUGUUCUGAUGUUACUAUCUCCAGAAAAGAGAAAAUAUACUCGAAUCGAAUGGAAUAUAGAUCUUCUCCUACGCAUUCUGUUUUGCUAGCUUUUCCUUCAA